GUAGUCUGUUGGGCAGGCAAAAGUGACAGCUGCAUAUGAUUAACAUGGAUCGACAAGACGUAAAAGCCAGAUACGCAGAAAAAAUUAAAAAAUUCUGUUUUGGUUACGACCCGUAUCAAUGGAUGCAGCAUGAAUAUUCAAAAAGUGCCUUACCAAAAAAUGUGACUUAUUACGACCUAGUGGAAUAUCUUGUAAAUCGCGAAAGUCCGUAUACCCGGAAAUGCUUUAAGGCCUUCAAGAGCUUGGACGCAUACAAAAAUUUCAAGGCGGGAUGGGUACAAUUUUUAGGUUCCAGAUACGUCGAUUCUGGUUUUUGUAUUGUGUUUGCUCAGGUGAAGCAUUCCCAAAAAUUUAACCUAAAGCCUACAUCUACCUGGGUGUCGGUAGAUCCCACAGGAACAGUUCAAACUGCACAUUGCAAUUGUAUGGCAGGAUUAGGUGAAGUGUGUUCUCAUGUAGGCUCUGUGCUUUUUGCUCUCGAGUGCUGGUCCCGUAAAGAAGUAAAUGAAAAUGAACCUUCGUGUACAGAUAUACUUAAUCGGUGGUUGGUUCCACCGAAAAAAGCGGUUAAUUGUGGCGAAAUUAAAGACAUAUUCAGCCAGAAAGAUCAACCAGUUUCCAGAUAUGAUUUCCAGAUACCCGAAUGCCCUGCGAAAGAGUUGAAUGUAUUUAUACAGGAAAGUCGCUCAACGAGCUUCGCGAAAUAG